CCACUUCUCUUGAGCACUCGGAUCCCGCUGCAGCCUCCGCGACAUGAGCCUCCCAGCGGGCUCCGGCGCCUCCCGCACCCGGCCCAGCCUGGGGCUGCUGUUCCUGGGACUGCUGCUCCUGCCAGCCUUGGUCGCCGUUGCCAGCGCUGAUCCCGAAGAAGGAGAUGGGGACCUGCAAUGCUUGUGUGUGAAGACCACCUCUCGAGUCCAUGCCAAGCACAUCACCAGCCUGGAGGUGAUCAAGGCCGGACCCCAGUGCCCCACCGCCCAAAUGAUCGCUACGCUGAAGAAUGGGAGGAAAAUCUGCCUGGACCAGCAGGCCCCCCUGUAUAAGAAAAUAAUCAAGAAACUUUUGGAGAAUUAGCUAUCUGUCUCAAGCUGUACGUUUGCUAUAGAACAUGCAUUUUUUUUUUUUUUUUCCACUUUCAAUCUGACUGUGAAAGAAUCUU